AUGAAUCCACUCCUGAUCCUUGCCUUCGUUGGAGCAGCUGUUGCUGUCCCCACUGACGACGAUGACAAGAUCGUCGGGGGCUACACCUGUGCGGAGAAUUCCGUCCCCUACCAGGUGUCCCUGAACUCCGGCUACCACUUCUGCGGGGGCUCCCUCAUCAGCGACCAGUGGGUGGUGUCCGCUGCUCACUGCUACAAGUCCCGCAUCGAGGUGAGGCUGGGAGAAAACAACAUCGAUGUUGUGGAGGGCACUGAGCAGUUCAUCAGUGCGGCCAAGGUCAUCCGGCACCCCAGUUACAACAGCUGGACCCUGGACAAUGACAUCCUGCUGAUCAAACUCUCGUCGCCUGCAGUCCUCAGUACCCGGGUGUCCACCUUAGCUCUGCCCACCGCCUGCGCGGCUGCUGGCACCCAGUGCCUCAUCUCUGGCUGGGGCAACACCCUGAGCUCUGGCGUCAACUACCCUGAGCUGCUGCAGUGCCUGGACGCCCCCCUGCUGAGCCAGGCCGAGUGUGAGGCUUCGUACCCCGGACAGAUCACUGACAACAUGGUCUGCGCCGGCUUCCUGGAGGGAGGCAAGGAUUCCUGCCAGGGUGAUUCUGGUGGCCCUGUGGCCUGCAAUGGAGAGCUCCAGGGUAUCGUCUCCUGGGGCUAUGGCUGCGCCCAGAAGAACAAGCCUGGGGUCUACACCAAGGUCUGCAACUAUGUAGACUGGAUUGAGGAGACCAUCGUGGCCAACAGCUAAACCCUAUCCCUCUGCCAUCGUUAUGCUAAUAAAGUGACUCUGCUC